GCGAUUUAAGUAAUUGCCUCUAGAAAAUUGUUACGUGUUUGAAAAAACAUGUACUAAAGAACUUUUUUAACUGGCCGUAUUGAUGAAACUUAAUUUUUUGGUCCGUGUAAGUUCCAAAUGAAUUCGUUUGUAAAUUUAUCGUUUCUAUGUAUUUUUUUGUUUUUGAUAUUUGGUGCAAGUCUCACAGACACGAACUCGGCUGAUCCGUACGCCAUCCAACCUCAGAUAAUCACAGAAGGUGGACAUUUGAUCUUUCAAACGGGAACCAAUCAUAAUAUUACAUUUCGAUCACUUGGAAGUGGGCGAAUUGUUCUCAACAAUGAAGAUUUAAAUAAACUUGUACAGCAAGCCAAAGAUUCUGUGAAUGAAGUACAGGAGUUAAGAGCAUCGAAUUUGGGAGGUUUAAGACAGACUGUAGAACAGCUAGAAAGUCGUAUUGGUACUCUAGAUAGUCAACUAACUCAGAGAGUGGACGAGCUUACAAAUCAGGUGAACCAGCUGAAUAGAAGAAGUCAAAACAACCGACGUCUAGGACGUAGGUAUCGAGCCUUACAACGGAAAAUACAGAGGCUUACAAAUCUUCUUAAUCAAGAUGAAUGUAGCAGUAAUCCUUGCCAGAAUGGAGGAUCAUGUUUCGAUACAUACAAUGGGUAUUUGUGUCGAUGUCUUCCUAGUUAUGAGGGUUCAAACUGUGAGCAGGAUGUAAAUGAAUGUGCGCGAUUUAUUGGUACGGAUCUAGGAUGCCAGAAUGGAGCACAGUGUAUUAACACUCACGGAAGUUACAGAUGUGAAUGCACAGCAAAUUGGCACGGAGUUCAUUGCACAGAAGAGCACAAUGACUGCAACCAAGCAUCAAAUGAAGCACUGUGUGGUCACGGGACCUGUAUCAACGUAAAACGAGAUCAGUCGGGACAAGCCAAAUAUACAUGUAUAUGCAACCAGGGCUGGACUACUAAUGGUCAUAAUCCAGCAUGUGUUGUUGACAGGGAUGAAUGUUUGGAAUCUCAUCCAGUGUGCUCUCGCAAUCCUCCAGUUACUUGUAUUAAUCUUCCUGGAACAUUUCAUUGUGGGCCUUGUCCAUCAGGAUAUUCUGGAGAUGGAGUCACUUGUACUGACAUUAAUGAAUGCACUCUUAACAAUGGUGGUUGUUCAGUUUCUCCUCGUGUGGACUGUAUUAACACACAAGGCUCCAGGAGAUGUGGACCAUGUCCUCCAGGAUAUGUGGGAGAUGGUGUAAGUUGUACAUUUGUUGGAGUUUGCCAUGUUAAUAAUGGAGGCUGUCAUCCUUUGGCCAGAUGUAUUGAAAACUCGGCAAUAUCCGGGAAUUAUCGGCAGUGCCUGUGUCCACAGGGGUAUAUUGGAAAUGGAAUUGGCCUUUCUGGUUGUGUUUCUCAGUCAGGAGAGAGUUCAUCUCCUUCAUCGGGUUCCAUCUCAGCUUGUGCAAACAACCCUUGUGUUCAUGGCAUUUGUCAGGCAUUUGGCAGCAGCUUCCAGUGUACAUGCCUUCCAGGUUACACAGAUCCAACAUGUUCUAGUCCUAUUGACAAUUGUGACAGCAAUCCAUGUCGUAAUGGUGGUACCUGUAUUAACCAGCAGAGUGGUUUUACAUGCGUUUGUCCUAGUGAUUGGAAAGGUUCAACUUGUGAAGAAGAGCAAGAAAGUUUUUAUGUCCUUUACUCUGGAAAAGUAAGAACUGUUGAAAUUAAAAUGAAAGAUCACAUUCUAAACCACUUAAUUUUGAUUCGGGAUGGUAUGACAGAGAGAGAUCCAGAAUUAGCAUUGUAUUGUCAGACUGAAACACCUAGGCCACUGACUACAUCAGGACCAUAUGCAUGGGUUCAUUUCCACUCUGACCAUUCUCUGAAUGACCAAGGAUUCCAUAUUACUUACUCAUCUGUUGCAGGUAUCCCUGGUUGUGGGGGACUUUUGACAUCACCAUCAGGAUCUCUUAGUUCUCCUUCAUUCCCUGAAAGUUAUCCAUCCAAUAUAGAGUGUGAUUGGGUAAUCCGAGUUCAUCCAGAAGAACGAGUGGAGUUAACGUUUUCAGUGUUUGAUGUUGAACAUCACGAACUUUGUCACUGGGAUUAUGUGGAAAUACGGGAUGGGGAAAGUGAAGAAAGUCCACUCAUUGGUCGCUAUUGUGGAACUACCAUACCCCCAGUUAGGUUGUCUACUUCAAACAAAAUGUGGAUAAGAUUCCGUGCUGAUGUGAUCUUUACUGGUCGUGGAUUUAGGGCAACGUACGUAACAGUUUGUGGUGGAAUUUUCACAUCUGAGACUGGAGUUAUUCACUCACCAAAUUAUCCAGAUCCAUAUCCAUCGAGACGAACCUGUAACUAUCACAUUAUUGUACCUGUUAACAAGGUGAUCCAUCUUACCUUUCAUCAGUUUGCUGUAGAGCCUCAUUCUACAUGUUCUUUUGAUUAUGUUGAGAUUACAGACGGAAGAACAAGCUCUGAAACACCAAUUGGUCGUUUUUGUGGUUCGGUUUUGCCUGUCCCAGUAACAUCGUUAUAUAAUGAGCUGCUUAUAAAAUUUGUUACGGACGGGUCAGUUCAAAAUCAUGGAUUCUGGGCAAAUUAUUCUACCAUUGAUAUAGGAUGUGGAGGUAUAUUAAGAGAAGAUCAGGGAAUAAUUACUUCACCUAAUUCUCCAUCACUUUAUCUUGGCCAUUCAUCCUGCAACUGGAUAAUUAAGGCCAAGGAAGGGUUUCUUAUCAGUCUGACUUUCAUGAUAUUUAAUCUCAAUAAUAACUUAUGUAAUCAUCAAAAUGUGGAAGUGAGAGACUCAAAUGAGCUUUUGAUGGGAAGGUUAGUAAACCAUAAUGGUUGUGGAGGCUUACUGAAUUCUCCAUCUGGAAUUUUAAAAUACCCUUCAGUGUAUGGUAUUCAGUACCCACAUCAGCGUAGCUGUGCAUGGGUUAUUGCAACAGAAGCUGGCAAGGUACUUAAUUUGACUUUCCACGCUUUCCAUUUGGAACUUUCUCAUGACUGUUCAUAUGAUUUUCUGCAAAUCAACGAUGGACCAAAUGCCGGUGCCCAUAUUAUUGGUCGUUUCUGUGGUAAUGUUCCACCUGUAUGUGGAGGAGACUUAGAAACUGCAGAAUUUGGAAACAUCAAGUCACCUGGCUAUCCUGGGAGGUAUCCUGCCAAUAGAGACUGUUACUGGACUGUUCGAGUGGCUCUUGUGUGUGGUGGUAAUUUUUACACUGAAAGUGGUGUGAUUACCUCUCCUGGUUAUCCUUCUUUUUCUCGUCAAAAUUGGGAUUGUGAAUGGGUCUUGCAUGCUGCUAAUGGACAUCAGAUUCGUUUGAAUGUUUCUGAGUUUGAAUUACAAAAUCAAUCGGAUUGCUAUUAUAACUAUUUGGAAAUCAGGAAUGGAGCUUAUGAGACUUCUCCACUGAUAGGCAAAUUCUGUGGGAGUGAUAUUCCACGUGUGAUUGUCUCGCAUUCCAAUACAAUUUAUCUCCAUUUUCACAGUAAUAGAUAUACGUUGUCUUCUAAGUUCAAGAUAUUCUAUGAUGGGGCUACUAGAGGUUGUGGUGGAACUCUGACAGCUUUGUCUGGAUCUAUUAAAUCUCCUAAUUAUCCCAGGCCUUAUGGACAUAAUGCUGAAUGUCACUGGGCAAUACAAGUGUCAAAAGGCUCUGUAAUUUCUCUCACAAUCGUAAGAGUAGACAUAGAAGCCGAGUCUACUUGCUCUUACGACUACUUGGAGAUAUUUGAUGGCAGCUCUAGUCGAUCCCAGUCGAAAGGUCGUUUUUGCAACAAUCAACAAAUUCCUGGGCCAAUUAUAUCAUCUGGAAAUGUUAUGUUUCUGAAGUUUAUCACUGAUUCUUCUCACAAUCGUGAUGGAUUUCAUGUGUCCUACCAGACUGUUUGUAACAAUGUGCUCAGAAAAAUGCGUGGUGUGAUUGAAAGUCCCAGUUUUCCGAAUCCUUAUCCGCACAAUCACAACUGCACAUGGAGAGUUGAAGCCCCUCUUGGAAAUAACAUUUCCUUUGCUUUUUCUCAUAUAAUCUUGGAAAACAGCACAGAUUGCAGAUUUGAUUAUGUUGAGUUACUGGAAGAAUCGGUUGUUUUGGGAGAAAGAAAUACCAGACAGUUGGUGAAGAUUUGUGGGACUCCAGAAAGGCUUCCAAGACCUAUUGUUACAACAACAAAUACAGCAAUAGUCCGAUUUUAUAGUGACAAUUCACUUUCUCAUGAUGGAUUUCGACUGGAGUGGGUAGUGAGAGGUUGUGGAGGUGAACUUCGCAAGGACUAUGGACGUAUAACUUCUCCAAAUUAUCCUAGCUCUUAUCCCGUUAAUACUGAAUGCAAAUGGUACAUCACAGUAUCUCCAGGCAGUGCCAUCAGGCUAACCAUUAAUGAAUAUGAUCUUGAAGCUUCGAGCAGAUGUUAUUACGAUUAUUUACGGAUUUACUCUGGGCUUGACGAAACUUCUCCUAAACUUUUGGAUCUCUGUCAUAAAGAAACUUCCUCUCAAUCUGUGACAUCUUCUGGAAAUCAUAUGUACAUACACUUUAGGAGUGAUGUAACAGUCAGUGGAAGAGGUUUUGAUAUUUCGUACAGAUCAAUAGAAAAUGGCUGUGGUGGAUCGUAUACAUCAUCUACUGGACUUAUUCUUUCACCCAAUUAUCCCCAAAACUAUUCAACAAAUAGUUAUUGCACUUGGACCCUCCGAGCAGGUGGUGCUCAUCUGAUGGCAUUAUCUUUCUUAGACUUUGAGAUGCCACUUAGUUCAAACUGUUCUGAAAGUUUUGUAGCGGUGAGUUACUUUGACUGUAAUCUUGUUGCUUGUGGAGCUCGAAUUAUUGCUGACAGACAUGGAGAAAUAAUGUCACCAAAGUAUCCACAUUUUACAACCAGUUUUGCCAAUUGUAACUGGAUUUUGACUACAUCUGAUCCUGGUAACCACGUCACUCUAACAUUUACCAACAUAAUUGCCCUCGAGGAUUCCAAUUGUACUCGUGUAUACAUAGACGUCAGAGAGGGUGAGAAUACCGAUGGUCCUCCUGUUUCUGGGUCUCCUUUUUGUGGAAGACGAAUUCCUUCUGCAAUUACCUCACAAGGAAAUAGCUUACACAUCUUUGCCAAUGGACACGCUCUCUUCCAUGCUACCUAUUCAUCAUCUACUUCGGCCUGUGGUGGAACACUGACAGCAGAAGCUGGGGAUUUUAAUAGUCCAGCAUAUCCCCUUAGCUAUCCUUUUGAUACUGAAUGUGUAUGGACCAUUGUGGCUGCACCUGGAAAUAAGGUGGACUUGACCUUUAGGAUGUUUGAUUUAGAAGAAAGUGAUUAUUGCAAUAUGGACUACUUAGAAGUGAGAGAAUCAGGACGUGAUGGACGAUAUAUUGGUCGCUACUGUGGAAAUCAGAUCCCAGGAAAUGUAACAGCAGCCAAUAAGCUGUGGGUUAAGUUUCGUUCUGAUUCACAAGGAACCCAUCCUGGAUUUAUGGCAUCCUAUGUUUUAGUGCAUGGUGUAGAACUAGAAGGAACUUAUGGGGUGAUAGCAUCACCAGGUUAUCCCAGAGAUUUUGUAUUUGAUGAUGAGUUUACGUGGACAGUCAUUGUCCCCAGGGACAUGUAUGUAAGAGUUGCCUUUGUAGAAAUUGAUCUAAGUGAAGGAUUCAAUGAAAACUGUGAGAGCUAUGUUCAGAUAAUGGAUGGUAUUGAUGAAUCAGUCCCUGAGCUUGCAAGAGUAUGUGGUCGAUCUAUUCCCACUCCAGUUGUAUCCCAUACCAACCAGAUUCUUAUUUACUAUAAAUCCAAGAGCUAUCACCAUGGCAAGUGGAAGCUAACGUGGAGAGCUGUCAAUGAGACGAGCUACGCUACAGAAGCUCCACCAUCUGAGACUGGUACAGAAAAUACAUGCUUUGAAGAUUUGUUCCUAAACUCUACUUCAAGAGAAGUGAUUAAGUCUCCUGGAUAUCCAAGUGGAUAUGAAGCCAAUCUUAAUUGUACCUGGAUGAUUCGCACUAAGCCACAUCGUCAUAUAAAGUUUCAUCUUUUAGACUUACAUUUGGAAGGCUCCAUGGGAACCUGCAGUUAUGACUAUCUAGAACUCUAUGAUACUCAAAAUUCAAUUUCUGGUGCAUUGUGGAACCACAUGGCACAGUUGUGUGGCAGACCUCAACUGAAUACUUUAUAUGACUCAAGUUCAAACAUGAUGCUGUUACGAUUUGUGACUGAUAGUUCUGUUAAUGGAACUGGUUUUUCUGCUAAUAUUUAUUCAGAUUGUGGAGGUUAUUUUGAGGGUCAAAGUGGAGAAAUUUCUUCAGAAGACAUAUUGUCAUCAUAUAAUUAUGUAAGUCGAAAUUGCACGUGGAUCCUGAAGGUGCGGCCUGGCCGCUGGAUCCAGCUGACGUUUCAAGAGUUCAAUGUUCCUAGUGAUGGUGUAUGCAGCACCCAGUCUAUUGUGAUCAGAAAUGGUGGAAGUAAUCUCUCUCCUUUUCUUGGCGAUGGCAAGUACUGUGGCCAGAAUAUUCCAAGUGUCCCUGAUUCCUCUUCUAAUGAGGUUUAUAUCCAGUAUCGCAAAGAAAAUUAUAGAGAACGUGCAUCUCCGAUAUUUCGCCUUUCAUUUUCUGAAAUGUCUAUUGGCUGUGGAGGAAGUAUUUAUCUUAAGAAUAACAGGAAAGAAGCUGAGUUUUCUUCACCAAAUUACCCCAAUCCUCCUCCUCAUGAUAUAGAGUGUGAGUGGGUUAUCAUGGCACCAGGAGAUAAUAGAAUUCGUCUUGAUUUUGAAAGUGAUUUUCAUAUGGACAGCAACUGUCAUAGUGAUUUUGGCAAAGAAUUUGUCGAAGUAAGAGAUGGUGGAACUAUUUAUUCAGAAUCACUGGGAAAAUUCUGUGGCAAUGUUCAUCCAAGCAGCGUGUUCACCACUGGAAAUGUCAUGUAUGUGAGGUUCUUCACUGCUUCAAGUGAUCCUAAAGGAGGAUUUAAAGCCAAAGCUGUCAUUGGUAAUUGUGGUGGCACUCUAAGAGAAUCACGUGGAACCAUUAAAAGCCCUCAUUUUCCCAACAAUUAUGAGAACAACCAGCUUUGUGAGUGGUUUAUUACUCAGCGUCAAACUCGGCUAAUAAACCUUUCAUUCCAGAACCUCGAUCUUCCUUCUCAUCCUAACUGUUCUGCAACAGACUUUGUAGAAAUUCGAGAUCAAAGUGCCACAGGUGAACUGCUUGGAAGGUAUUGUGGUUCUUUAACCAGUGCAAUUUCCUUAGCACCUACAACUGAUACUGUAUAUAUUAAGUUCAAGUCAGAUAGUAGUGAAACUAAACAAGGAUUCAGGCUAGUGUACUCAGUUCGUUGGUAUGGCAGAAGGUGUGGUGGAGAGAUCACUGACGGCUCUGGUACAAUAUCCUCACCAAAUUUUCCCAGUGCUACUCCUCUACACUAUUACUGUAGAUGGAAUAUUGAUGCACCUGCAGGUCGUCGUGUAAAACUAGAGUUCACCCAUUUUAACAUCAAGAGGGAUCCAGUGACCAACCGAUGCAUUGAUACAUUAAGGGUUGGCAACUUUUCUAUUAGCCGAUCUUCUUAUUCAACAAUUUGUGGAACAACAUUGCCAGAACCUAUAAGAAGUAGUGGUAAGAGAUUAGUAUUAUUCUUUUACACUCAAGGACUUGCAGCUAAUGAGGGAUUUCGUGCUGUAUAUUCUUCUGAUGAAGAUGCUUAUUGUGGAGGAGAUCUUACUCUACCAGCUGCUACACUUUCCUCACCAGAGUUUGGCCAGGUUAACUAUAGCAACCAACUUCAGUGUUGGUGGACCUUAAGACACGAUAUAAACAGACGUAAUAGUACCACAGUAAUAAAAUUUAAUGUUUUUGAUCUUCAAGAGAGGAGUCCUCUUGGUUACUGUGUAGACAGAGUAUUUUUUUUUUCAGGUAAUAUGCCAGUGUUUUCUAGACGUGUCAUGACACCUAGAUAUUUCUUGGGUAAAUUCUGUGGAAAUUAUACGAGCCAAGAUCUAACAAUAACCAAUCCACAUCCAGUAACAACUGUGAUUUUUCAGACAGACUCGACUGUGACAUCUCGAGGAUUUAAUGGCUCUUAUUAUGAAAAAGACUGUGGAGGUGUUGUUGAUACUCCAACUACAUUAACUUCUCCUGGAUAUCCAGGGACUUACCCCGUAAAUUAUGAUUGCCACUGGAUUAUUAACUUUCGACAACGGUCACAAGUAAAGCUUUCGUUUACAGAGUUUCAGUUGGAGUCUGACUGUGAAAAGGACUAUGUUUUAGUUCGAAAUGGUUUACAUUUUACAUCUCCUGUUAUUGGUAAAUAUUGUGGCUCUAACAAACCCCUAGAUGUUGUAUCUCAAUCACGUUAUCUGACAGUUUUGUUUCAUUCUGAUGGAAAUGGAGGAGCUCAAGGUUUUCAAGCAUCUGUUGAGCCUUACACUACAGGUUGUGGUGGUUUCUUUCACAAUGCUCGGAGAAGUUUUACUUCACCUAAUUAUCCCCAAGCCUAUCCAAACAAUGUUGAGUGCGUAUGGACUAUCCUUUUGGGUGUGGGAAUGAGAGUUAAUGCUUCAUUUGUUGGUCGUUUUGAUGUCGAAAUGCACGAAAACUGCAAUGCGGAUUAUAUUCAGUUUGAAAAUUUUCUGGAUGGACAAUGGGUGGACUUAGGCAGAUUCUGUGGCAGGAAUAACACCUUUGUUGUUAGUGAAAGUAAUAUGGUUCGAGUUACCUUUCGCUCAAACGAGAAUGUCCAAGGAGAUGGCUUUAAAAUCAAGUAUAAUUCUGUUUGUGGUGGAGUGUUCAGUGAAAUACAAGGUACCAUCAACUCUCCUGGAUUCCCAGAUGGCUACAGAAACUUUCUUAACUGUGUUUACAUCAUUAAGCAUCAUUCAAAUAGUUUGAUAUCUUUAACGUUCAACUCUGAAGAGUUCCAGAUUGAAGGGUCUACCAACUGCAGAUUUGAUUCUCUGUCCAUAUAUGAAGGGAACAGCACCUCCUCGCCGUUGCUGGGCAAGUUUUGUGGUAGUGAAGCCCCUGGGCCAUUUGUUUCACAGGGAACUAUGAUGCUGAUCUUUGAAACGGAUUCUUCUUUAACACUAAUGGGAUUUAGAGCUACAUAUUCAAUAUCAAUUUGUGGAGGAGAGCUCCAAGAACCAUCUGGCUCCUUCCAGUCUCCAGGGCACCCAGUGACCUACACAGCCAACCUGGACUGCAUAUGGCUAAUUACUGUUGAACAGAAUCGUGCUAUUAAGUUAAAAUUCCUCUACUUUGAACUUGAAGGAAGCGGGGGCUGUAUUUUUGAUUAUGUGGCUAUUUAUAAUGGUGCUAAUACGUCUGCACCUCUGAUUGGAAAGUUCUGUGGAGAAAGGUUACCUCCUGUGAUCAUUUCGAAAACCAAUCAGAUGGUAGUCCGCUUCAGAACUGAUCAUUCUGUUCAUAAAGGAGGUUUUUCAGCAGCAUUUUCAACCACAUUUGGCGAACUGCAGGGAUGUGGUGGGACAUUAGUUGGAGAUACUGGGCUUCUGGCUUCUAUAGAUAUCGAUGGAGAUCAAAGCUAUGAACCGAACCUGGAUUGUGUAUGGCACAUAAUGACUGAUCCAAACAAAGUUAUUCGCUUAACUUUCCAGACAUUUGAUGUUGAGGAAAGCCCACGCAACAUGACCAAAUGCUCUUAUGACUUUUUAGCCGUGAGGGAUGGAUUCUUCACGAUAGACCCAGUAGUGGACAAAUACUGUGGGUCAUCCUUACCAAGCCCUGUAAUCAGCUCAACAAAUACACUUCUUGUUCAUUUCCAUAGUGAUGAUCGUACAGGAAAAGCAGGGUUUGAAGCUAGCUUUGCAUCUGAAGAUCCUGUAUGUGGAGGUUACCUUCCGGUCACAGAUGAGACAGAAACGCUGACGUCUCCUGGAUAUCCCAAUCCUUAUCCAUCGGCAUUGCAUUGUCGGUGGCAUUUCAUUGCAAACUCAAGUUUCUCUGAUCGGAUUCAAGUUAACUUCCAAGAUUUUGAUAUUCCUUGUGAAACAGGGUCUCUAGCAAUUCGAGAUCAGGCUGUAGGACGUCUAGAUCGCGAAAUUACUCGUGAGAGUUCCAAAUACGUUAUAGGAAGAGACUACAUAGCUCGACCAAAUCUCCGAGAGUCUAUUUCUGUAGAGAAAUCACAUUACCAAGUGCUCACACCAUCAUAUCCAAACGUUUCAAUCACAACACUCACUCCAGAGCCGAUAACAAAUGAAAUGAUAUCUUCAACAACUACAACAAUAAAAAUGCAGACCCAAAAAUUUCCAGUAUCAAAGCAGGCAGAUUGUAGUAGAGUCUAUGAUCAAAACAAUGGUUUGAUCAUGAGUCCUCAGUAUCCCCGAGUCCACUCUGUGGAAAGUCACUGUGAAAUACUAAUCCAAGUCCCUGUAGGGUACACAAUUUCUCUGUAUUUCAUGGAUUUCUUCCUAUACUCUUCUAUGGUCUCUAACUGUACCAACUCAGGCACAGUCUUAAAGGUCCAUGAUGGAGGUAGCAACUUACAUAGGGUCCUUGCAGUGUUAUGUGGCCAUUCGUUACCAAAUCCAAUCUUUUCUACAGGCGAUCAGUUAUGGCUGAACUUUACUCGCAUAGGUUUUUCGAGCUCCAAAUAUUUGAUUUCUUAUACAUCCACUAAUCAAGGACCAGGAUGUGGUGGAAAUUUGACAAACACUCACGGUGUAUUUACCAGUCCAUUUUACCCGCAACCUUACAACCAGACUUCAGAAUGUCGUUGGUAUAUCCUCAUUCCCGGGAAACACACGUUAACCUUGUCCUUUAGCAACUUUGCUUUAAGUUCGAGCGCUGGCUGUGAAAGCAAUUAUGUGGAGAUUUAUGAAGGACAUCAUGAGACGUUUAACAACGAUGUAACUAGAUUUUGUGGUGAGGACAAUCCAGCCCCUUACAUAUCUAGAAAUAAUGCCAUCUUGGUUAAGAUGGUAACAAACACAAACAAUACAAUGCCAGGAUUUAGAGCUUUUUUUCAAGCAAAUAUAGUUGAUAUUUCUGGGUUCCAGGAAGUUGCUGUAAAGAUUCCAGAAACAUGAAGGUUUAUUACUCAUUCAGCAUGAAUAUAGGAUAGUUAAUUCUAUAAAACAUUCAUCAUUCUAUAAUAAUCUUGAUAUUAAUGUUAAUCAGAGAACAUAUUUGUGAAAAAAACAGACAUAAAUUAUGAUGAAAUGUACACAGUAAGUACUUUUUACUGAAAGUACAAAAAUAUUUAUAACUCUACUUAGUACCAAAAAAAAUAAAGUAUAAAUUUUUU